AUGGCCGUGUUUGCAACGGUGGAUAGCGAUGUGGCGUUGAUUGAAGACGUUACCAGCCGAUGGUGCGGUGGUACGUACGGCCCAACCACUUCCUUUAUUUUUCUCGCUUCCUUCCGCAAAUUAUCGACAGCGCGCCUAUGGCUUGUGCACCGAGUAGUUAGGGUCGGUGUAUCGAACGAGCGAGUUUUCCCGGUAGCCCGCCAGUACAAAGCGGCCUUUGAAGAUGGCGGUCCGAUUGCCAUCAAAGCAGAACCACUGGACAUUCCAAUAAAGAAACCAAAGCUUAUGAGCGACGUCGCAUCGCUAUAUCACUGCAGCAACAGCAGCGGCGGCGGAGGCAGCAGUAGUGGCAGCAGUAGGCACCAACAUUAUGCGACCCAGCAGCAACUGCUCGUGCAACAGCAGCAGCACCAUCUGCAUCACCACCAGCAACAGCAGCAAACGAAUGCUGCUUUCCGGCCCUGGACCGCCCAGCAGAAGGCACAGAAGUACGCGCAGCAACAGCAACAAGCGCUGCUGCUGCAGCAAAACAUGCCGUACGCGAACGGCACGACUACCACCAUCGUGAACGGUACGAUCCGUGCGACAUCGCCCGGCGGUACGAUACUCACGCUCAGCCAAGAACCACCCCUGCUGCAAAAUCCCGAAAACGUCGUACCGAUGUCCGAGACGGAUAAGUUCGAACGGUCGUACCAGCCGAACGUAGCGCUUGUGCCACGUAAAACGAUCCUGUGCGGGAAGGAAGCACCAACGGCUGCGGUUGCGUCGGGGCAGCGCCGCGAGUACGACGGAAAGGAUCGUUCGGUGAUCAAGUGCGAGGUGGUACAGAUCAAGCAGGAAAGUCCAUCGACACCUCCGGCAACAUCGCACGUGCCCGGUGGCACCUCGGCAGUUGAUGGACCGAUGCGGUCUGUGAUAAAAUGUGACGUGCAGAUUAAGCAGGAACGUCCGGGGACACCUUUAUCCACGGCAUCGGGACAUUUGGAGCACGGUGGUAGGGGAGACAGGGGGGACAGUAGUCGAUCGCCCGGACCGCCGAACUCGGCACACAUUCCCGUUUCACCACCGCCGCCCGGCACGUCGCAUCAGCACCAACUUGCGCAGGGCGCGAUCGCGAUCAGUACGAUCAUUGCCAAACAGCACCACCACCCGCAGCAGGUCUCGUCGAUGGCAACGUACGGUGGUAGCAAUAGUAACAGUCCCGUACCGAUCCAACUGGACGUGCCACAUUCCGGUUCGUCUGGCUCGAAUGAGAUCACCUCGUCGACGUCUCCGCUACCACCGGCCGCCAUCGUUCUAAACAUUAACGGUGUCGAGGGAGUGGCAGGGGGAGGAGAAGGAAGAGACAAGCCAAAGCUAGUGCUAAUAAAAGAACCGAUCAGUCCGCCGCUCGGCCCACAUACGCCCACGUCCCGGCGUUCCCCUCCCGGCCAUAUGCUGCAACAGCAGCAGGGUGGUGUUUCUGGCCAUCACUCACAGCAGGUGUCUUCACCACCGCCGCCACACCAUCAGCCGCUGUAUUUGCAUCAUCACCCGGUGCUACAGCAACAGCAGCACCACCAUCACUUCCGAUCUCACCACCCGGGAACGACGGCCACGGGCACAAUCAUACACCGGAACGGGCUUCCGAUCGUGGGCAACUCGGAGUUCGAGCUGUCCACCGAUACGGACGACGAUAGUCAGGCGGGCGAGCCGGACAGUAGCAACGUGCCCUCGACAAUGGAACUGAUCGGCGAGGUGCUGAAGGAGGUGGAACCGGAAACGAAGCAGCAGAUACAGGACAUCUUCAAGGUGCUGCUGCAGGAAACGCGUAUCGAGCACCAUCGGCUGCAGAUGGAGAUCCGCGCGAAGGAAGACCAGCUGAUGGAGAUGCAGCGACACAAAAUGGAGCUGCAGCGGCAAACGGAUCACUUCCAGCAGCAGAUCCAUCAGCUGCAGCAUGAGCUAGACCGAGCGCUGCUAAAAAUCGAUUCGCUGCGCGAACAUCAACAUCAGCUGUCGCAACAUCAGCAGCACCAGCAGCAUCACAUAAUGGUACGGGAAACGUUGGGAGGUAUCGGAGAGUCGAGCACAUCUUCGACUCCUCCAUCUCCGCUGUCGCUGGUCAGCAACGGUAGCAACAGCAACCACAGCCAUCAGCUGAUCGAACGGCGGAACAGCUUUCCGGAAAAGUCCGAGAUCAUCAUGAAGCCGCUGAAGAAGCUGUUGCGCCGCAGUCCCGAUGAUGCGACGACGGUGCUAAUGCUAGCGUCGCCACCGCCGCAAAACACCGCCAGCUUACCACCGGCGCUUCCAGCCUGUCUGUCAAUUACGGCUACCACCGUGUCGGUACCGGCAUCGAAAGCGUCCUCCAUCCAGCCGGACGCGGAACCAGUCCGCGAUGACAUGAGGCGGCAGCAGCACAGCUCCUCGUCUACUUCUCCAUCGCCAACGGGACCGCAGGGCGGAGGAGUAUUACAAUCACCUUCACCUGCUGCUCCACAUCAACCACCACCACCAACAAGUGCCACCAAUGUACCUGUAUCGACAACAACGAUAACGGCAGUGAGUACCGUGAAUGGCAGUGUUCCAGCAAUGGCAGGCAGCUCGACGGCGCCCAGCAUCCCCAAAUCGACGACACCGGUCGCGAACGGACCAUCACCGUCCCCGAUCGUUGUGGUUAUCCCCGUCAGCACCAGUGCACCGUUGCCAAAGGAGCCAGCAGGUGGACCACCGAGUCCUGUUUCGCGCAUUGAGUCACCUGCUGCGUCACCGCGGUGCGAUCGCGAUGCUAAAGGUUGUCCAAUACCGCACAACGACCAGGAGGUGGCUGAAGAAGAUGAGGACGAACCGAUGGAAGAUGGACCGAGUCCUUCACCCGCUGCGGUAUCGAAAUCGGAUUCUGCCCCUGACGACGGCGGUUCAGCGACGAAAACCUCGAACAGUGUGAAAGCGACCAUCGGACCGGCAACCAUCACUAGCAAUAGUGGGUCAUCCGGUGCUUCCAGCAACCAGGAGAACGAUUCACCGAACCGGUCCAAAGGGCACAACGGUAGCGGUAGCGUCAGGAGUAGCUGUGACAACUGA